UUAAAGAACCGAUGGAAAAUGUUACUCCCAAUUUUUCCCUAAAACCCAUUUCCUUCUAUAUGCAGACACAACAUUCAUUUCUUAUUCUUCUGAAACCCUAUUCCGCCGUCACGACUCUAUUCGCUGUCACGACCUCCUUCGCCUUCCUCCUCCGCCUUCUUCCUUUUGAGUUGAGUUGUAUCCAUGGCCUCUCUCUCCUUGAAAUCCUCUUUUGAGUUGAGCCACAACUGAAACAAGCAGAUCGAACUGAGUUGAGUCUAUUCAAGAUCCAAUUCUGACCCCAAAAGUACCACCGCCAUGAUGAGCGUCAUCGACCUUCUAACCCGAAUCGAUUCCAUUUGCAAAAAGUAUGACAAAUACGACCUCGACAAGGAGAAUAUGGAAGAAGAUCUGGACGAUGUCGUUCCAUGUACAUCCCUCGCUGUUUAGUCAGAUGCAAUAGGGUAUCGUAUCUCUAGAUUUCAUGUUUGUGCAAUAGGGUUAAGUCAGAUGCACUUAUGGAUGUUAUUUGGGACAUUAUGCGUUGCUGGGUUAAAAAUCAUCCCGUGAAAGGUCAGCCGGCAGAUCAACCUGGAAGUAUCAUACUUGCAAAGGAACUCGUUCUACAGGCUAAUUUUGCUAGGGCUGUAGCGUCUCUUAGCAAGGCGCAAGCAAAGAAAGUUUCGAGGUUUUUUCCAAUCCCGAAAGACAUUAGGGGUCCAAAACUAAGGGCAGGACGAACUAUCACUAGCAAGCAUGUCUCUCUGAUAGGUGAAACAGCCCUUAAUGCUCUCAAUAAUGAAGAAGAUAAUAAAGAAGAAGAACCUAAAGGUUCUUGAAGACUUCAAAAUUUGACAGAUUUUAGUUGUUUAAACUUGUAAUAUUGGAUUGGCUAGUUGUUAUCUUAUGGUGGUAUUCAUGCUCGAUUUUUACCACAGAUUGUGUUUAUUUAUUCUCUCAAUAUAUUUCAACCAAAUAAAGUAGUAUAUGUUUUAUUAAAAGAAAACAUAUGGCAAACAUGUAGGGAUUAACCAGCGGGUGUUGAUUCUAAUGGAACAAGUUAGACUCAAUAUGGUAAUUCAACUGUGGAUUUUUGAUGAGAUGAUAUCUGAUGAAGCAUGCAUUCAUCAUGUUUUGUAGAAUUAAUGUGUUUUGAUUUUGUAUUAUAGGACUUAUAGCUGGAGUUUACAG